GACAAUAAAGGCAAUCAAAUCAAAUCAAAUCUCAUGGACCUCAUCUUUAUCUUCUUAUUUGAUUAUUUGCUGUAUUUUACUGUGACUGUUGACACACAUUAAUAAGAUCAACACAGUCAUAACAGACCACAGGUGGAAAAUAUACAAAUAAGAAGGAUAUGAAAAUUAGACCGUGUUAAAAAUACACAAAUGAUGGGAGGUGUUGAAGAGCAGAUAUAAUAUAAUGACAUCUAGACAGAGAAACAACAGAUUCAGAAGAGAAACACACAACAUCAAAAAAAUGGAUGAAUCUCUAUAUUUCAGACUUCUUGUCAUUGCUCUCUGUUCAGUAUCUGAAUGCAGUCAGCGCCGGUAUCAUCAUAUAAACAUCAAUAUGACCUGGACUGAAGCUCAGAGAUACUGCAGAGAAAACUACACAGAUCUGGCCACAGUCAACAACAUGAAUGACAUGAAUGAACUGAUGAGUCAAGUAAAUAAAAGUGGUGUGAACAACAAUGAUCUGAGAGUCUGGAUUGGACUGAAGAAUACAAGUGUUUAUAAAUGGAAGUGGUCUAUGGGUCACACUGUGAACUAUACCAACUGGGAUAAUGGACAUCCACAUGAUGAAAAUAAAUGUGCUUAUAUGAAAAAUGGAAAAUGGCGUCAUGAGGACUGUAAAGAAAACCAAAACAAAAAGAGUUUCAUCUGCUACAACGGUGACAAAGAAUACAUCUAUAACACAACAAAAACAACAUGGAGAGACGCUCAGAGGUCCUGUAGAGAGAAUCAGACUGAUCUGACCAGUGUGAGGAAUGAAACUGAGAAUGAACAGAUUCAGACAAAAAUUAAUAAUGAUGAUGAAGUCUGGAUUGGUCUGUUCAGUGAUUCAUGGGAGUGGUCAGAUAACAGUGACUCCACCUUCAGAUACUGGAAGUCUGAUAAUCUGAUAUUGAUCAAUGAGACGAUGAGUUGGUCUGAAGCUCUGGUUUACUGCAGACAGCAUCAUGUGGAUCUGGUUUCAGUUGUUUCAGAGAAGAUUCAGCGCUGGUUGAAAGAGGUGAUUGUAAACGCCUCUACUGCGUCUGUAUGGAUGGGGUUACGUCACUCCUGUAGUGUGGGGAUUUGGUUCUGGGUGAAUGGAGAGCCGGUGUGCUAUCAGAAUUGGGCUCCAGGGAACGAGACAUCAGUAGAGGACUGUGAUCCUAAAGUGAGAUCUGGAGCUGUUCAGCGUGAUGGAGGUCAUCAGUGGAUCAGUCAUCCUGAUACUGACAAACUCAACUUCAUCUGCAUCACACAUGAUUCAGAAUGAUAUGAUAUAUGUUUGUGUUCAUCACUUUCUCUUUAUA